GCUGCUGGUUGCUCGUGGAAACUUCUUCUCGUCCGCAUAGCGCGAAAAUCGGUACAAAAGCCACACAGAUCAGAAGCGCGAGAGAGAGAAAGCAUCUGAGAGAGAUUUUUUUUUCUUGAAUUACAAAAAAAAACAUUCUUUUACAAACGGUAUAUAUACACCCAGUGAAAAGUGAGUGAUUUUUGAAUCGAUGUAUAAGAAUAAUUGAUAUUAUUGCACAGGAGAGAAAGAGAAAUUCGAGGCAGAAACGCGCAAACGUGCUGAAAAAAAAUCGUGUUAUUGCCAGCUUUAAAAUAUUGUUGUGAAAUUUGAAGUUGAAGACGUGUCCCAUUUUAUUCUCCGACUCAUGUGAAAAUUGAAUUCAAGACAUCCAGAAGGCAUAGGAUUAACCUAUAGUGAUUGAAGAUUUUUUUGCCCUUCACGCAGAGUUCAAAGUUUCUCGAUUUUACACAGAAACUUACGUGAGGGAUGUGAAAAUCUUCUGUGAUACAAUAAGCAGCAUUGAGUAGGAGAAUCGACGCAAGGAAAGCUAUCAUACAAAAUGCAGUGCGGUGUUGUGGAAUCAAUGAAUAAUGACUGCGAACGCUCGCCGAAUCGAGCAGGGCUGAGGGUGAAUUUCAGCGACAAGGGCGAAGUAAAAGAGAGACGUGAAAAGUUCCUAACAGCCAAAUAUGGGUCACAUCAAAUGAGCUUGAUUAGAAAACGGCUAGCUGUAGAAAUGUGGCUCUUUGAUGAAUUGCAAAAGCUGUUCGAUCCAUCGGAAGAAGUAAUUGAUGUCGACAUUGAUGAAAUCUUGGACUUGGACACCGAUGACAUUCGGAGAUCUCAUCUUCUCACACUACUAUCAGACUGCAAAAGGCCUCAGUCAGACAUAUCGAAAUUCAUAAGUGAUUUACUAGAUCGUGCCAAAACACUUUGAACAAUUCAUUUUGCGCUAUAAAAUGGAAAUUUGUGGUUGAGAAGUAUCACUUGCUUACUUUCAUUUCUGUAUUGUAGACAUACGAAUUAUGUAAGCAUAGAAUCGCGCUACCAUCAUAGUCCAUCGGUAAUCAUUUAAUUGAACUACAUAGGAGACUAGCUCAAUAAUUUUAUAAUUACGUAAAACCCACCAUCACCCUCCACUUUUGUAUCAACAGCGUCUGCAAUGGGCAUGUCUGGAAGAAUGGACGGCGAGAGUAUCAAAUUAAAAAAUAGACACUUUAGUGUAACGAGGCAUUUUGUAAGAGACAAACAGUGGUUCUACGAUAAUUUAGUUACAGAAAAAUCUCUCUAGGUUAGGAAUCUAGGCUUUUAGUUUGCAAAAUGAGGAUAAGGAGUUCGCUUUAGUGAAGAUGGUUUUAGAUAUGAAAGUAUAGUGAAGGCUCAUCACUGCCCCACUGAAAAAUAUUGCUCACCCCGUUGCUGGCCUAUAUAACACAUAAUUUUCAAUAAAAAAAAUAUACUGCGAUAAGUCCAUACCGAAAAAAUACGAGACUUCAAACAGCUUCAGAGUUAUGCAACGAAUCAAUACCCUAAAUGACAUAAAUCGCAACACUUCUUCGUAAUAGAUAGACAAAUGAACUCCUGGAAGCAACAAUCAAUGUAAGAAAUCUAGAUGUUUUUUGUAUGCAAUAGUAAAAGAUAAAAUAUACGAUUUUAUCAAAUUAUGUAAAAUUUUCAUAGCGAAUAAAGCUUAAAAAUUAUAAACAUUUGAAGAAUACGUGAUGGAUAAUGACAUAACACACAUAAGAUUUAUAAGAUUUUCAUAAUAAUCUGCAUCAUCAUUAGAAGAGAUCAUCCAAAUGCCUAUUCAAUGUUUUAUUACGUUACUCACGUAGAAUUGUUUACUAUUAACAGCUGCAUCGCAAAAUCAGAGUGAUGGAAGUUAUUUUUAAGAAAAAUUAAAAUAAUUUUCAUACAUUUAGAGAAUAACAAGAGGAAAAGAUUUUUAAUAAGAAUCCAGAAACUGUUUGAUAUCGAGCAUAAAAGUAGCGCAAAAAACCUUUGUGUGACUUUAGUUAAUCAACACAAAAUCCAGUGAAAUAUCAUUAAAAUAUGCCUAAAUAAUAUAGGUACAUUAUGUUUGUUAGCCCAAACAUAUACCAAUACUUAAGUGUAAAUAUUUAUUAAGCAAAUAAUUAGUGUACGAUAUUAACAAGAAUACCGCGUAUCUGUGGAUUUGCAAAUUUAUCAAGAAAUAAAAUUUAGAAGCUGUGUGGUGCAAUGUUGUUAUUGGGGAUGCGAAAAAGAUCGUCAAUGUUCAAUAAUUUCCGAAAUAUCGUUUCAACAGAGUUCAAUGUAGCAUAAAAUGUAGUUUACCAGCAUGAGACUACACAAUUACAUUUAUUAUCAGUAUGUUUAUACGUUAAAAUGUAAUUGAAUAAAAAUGAUCACAAAACGCAA